CUGAAAUAUCAGUUCACUAUUUGGACAUUGGUAUUUUGAUUUCAUCAUGGUUUCCAGUCACUGCAACGUUCUGUUUUUCUGUCUUUUGUUGGUGUAUCCUCUUUUGCUGGCUACAGUCUUCCUAAAGCAUGAAGAAGCAAGCAUUGUGUUACAAAGGAAAAAGAGAGCCAAUUCCUUCCUUGAAGAAUUAAAAACAGGGUCACUAGAGCGAGAAUGCAUUGAAGAGCACUGUUCAUUGGAGGAAGCCAGAGAAAUCUUUAAAGAUGACAAAAGGGCCAGGGAAUUCUGGGUGCGCUACAUAGAUCCUAAUCAGUGCAACUCUAACCCUUGCCAGAACGGUGGGACAUGUACUGACCAGUUCCAAGACUACGUGUGCAUUUGUCCUAUAGAUUAUGAGGGCAAAAACUGUGAAAGUGGUCCAGAAGACAGACUGAAGUGCAUUUAUGACAAUGGCAAUUGUGAACAUUACUGCACAGACAAUGCAACUACAAUACGGCAGUGCUCUUGUGCAGAGGGAUACAGGCUAGCAAGUGAUGAAGUAUCUUGCAUCCCAGAAGUUGAAUACCCUUGUGGGAAAAUACCCAUUUUGGCCAAGAAAGAGGAGGGACCAGAAGGAAGAAUUGUAGGAGGUUAUUCCUGUCCUCCGGGUGAAUGCCCAUGGCAAGCCCUCAUGAUAGAAGGUGCAAAAGAAAAAUGUGGAGGUGUUCUGCUUGCUCCAUCUUGGGUAGCUACUGCAGCUCAUUGCUUGAUCCAUGCACGCCACAGAGUACUCACAAUAAAACUGGGUGAAUACAGCCGAGACCAUGAAGAUGAAGGUGAACAGGAAAGGAAGGUUGCUGAAAUCAUCCUCCACGAAAAAUAUAUUCCAAAAACGAGAAUUGACAAUGAUAUUGCCUUGCUGCGAUUAGAAACACCAGUUAACUUGACGGAUUAUGUGGUGCCCAUAUGCUUGCCACAGAAGCGAUUUGCCGCAGACGUGCUGAACUUCAUUGAAUACUCCACAGUGAGUGGGUGGGGUCGUCUCAUUGAAGGUGGGCCAACUUCCGCCAUACUUAUGCAAGUGAGGCUCCGCAAAAUGCACAAGAAAGAAUGCGUUCAGCACACUAACUUCACUAUUACAGGGAACAUGUUUUGCGCUGGGUACUUUGAUGGGACUAAAGACUCAUGUGAAGGUGACAGUGGUGGGCCUCAUGCCACCAAGUACAAGGAUACUUGGUUUCUAACAGGGAUUGUGAGCUGGGGGAAGGGAUGUGCAGCAAAAGGCACAUAUGGGGUUUAUACAAAUGUGGUCAAGUACAUUGACUGGUUAACCAAUCACAUGAAUUCCUAACUUGUGCUGCUCUUCUAUCUGGCUACCACUUUUGACAUCUCUCUAUUCAACAUUCUUUAAGCAUGUUUAAUAGAUUAAAGACCAUAUAUUGAUUUAAAACUUAAUUGUAUUAAUUUUGUAUGUAUUUACAUUUUAGUGUUAUUUCUAAUAUGCCCAGAAAGGAGUGUAUGCUAUUACAAUGUUUAGUUUA